AAAUAUUAUAAUGUGUUAAUUAAAAGUAGUGGAGGCAGAGCCGUCACUAAUGUCAACAUCAUGGCGUCCUAGGACUGUGCUUUCAGUGAUGAGUGUUAAUUAACACAAAAAAUCGUUUGCUUUUUCUGCUUUUUCAGCUUUUUGUGAUCAUGGGCAGUGAACAGUCUACACAUUCGACAGAACAAAACCUAACACAGAAUUCAAAAAGGAUCAAAGACUUAGCUACUGUUUUGGAUGCUAAGGUCAAAUCCCAAAUUGUCCUUACAAGAACAGACAAUGGCCAAGGCCCUGACUGUCACAAACAGGAUACGGAAAGCAUGAGAAUUCUGAAAGGACUCUUCAAACAGCUUGAUCCUGCCAUCAUCCAUACACCUCAUGAAAUUCAUGGUCAGGUGCAGCUGUCUUUCAAGUAUGAUGUCAAGAGACAACUGCUUCUUGUCAAGCUAAUUAAGUGCAACAAUCUUCAAGCUGGAGACCUGCGAACUAAGGCUUCAGCUCCUUAUGCCAAGCUUCAGAUGUUUCCUGAUAUCCAUGGCCAUGGUACUAAGACAUCUCAAAUAGUUGAGGGAACCAGGAGUCCUGUUUACAAUGAAAUCUUCGCUUUUUGUGCCAGUAAAUCUGAGCUCACUGAAUCUCAGGUGGUUUUGCAAAUGUGGGAUCAUGAUUUGGCCAAUCAAGAUGACUUUCUAGGUGAGGUCAUUGUUGAGAUGAAGUCACUCAACUUUCGAGAGCCUGUCAUAACAGCGUGGUAUGAUCUGAAAAUGGAGACAGAUCUGACCAUAACUGGUGAGCUUGACCUCAGUUUGCAGUUCCAGCCUCCUCACUAUCUUUUCAUCACAGUUCAUCGAGCAUGUGGACUUUCACCCAGAGCUGGGCACCAGUCAGCAGACCCCAUGAUUAAAUCGGCCAUCCCUGGCCUUGGAGCAUACUUCUCCAGCCAGGUGCAGAAAAAUACACUUGAUCCAGAAUGGGAAGAAUCAUUUGAGUUUGAAAUCCCAUUAGAAGAAUUAUCCUUCCGAUUUAUUACAUUCGAUAUUGUGGACAGUGCAGACUUAAGGUCUGAAAAGGUAGUGAUGGGACAAGCUGUCUUUGAUCUUGAGACUCUUGACACAGAGAAAGGUUUUCAAGGAAAACUGAAGCUUGCAGAUUUGAGAAACUCUGCAGCAAUGCAAAAUAAGCUGAUGCAGCAUGUAGUAACACAGGAAAUCCGGGAAGCCUGUCUAGCCCACACCACGGCUCGCCUUCCACACUUUCUAUUUGGACCACUUUCAGGCUCUAAGAUAGUGAGCGUGAGAUGCCGAAAAGCCGGACGAAAGUCAGCAAUGAAAGGACAUGUUCAUUUGGUGGAUGGUGUGCCAGUCUAUUAAGGAUGCUAAUUAAUGCUUCACUUUUGGACGUUGAAACUGCCAUAUAGUAACAGGCACAUAUGUUAAAAUAUUUUAAGUUUUAAACCCAGCAUUUGAAACAUACAUUUGAAGGGAGUUAGUAGUGCAAGAUAAUUUCCCCAGCUGACACAAAAAUCUAGCAACAAAAAAAGUUCAAAAUUAAGCAUUGACACAAGGAAAGGUUUAUAAAGAAGAAAAGAGGCAGAAAAAAAUUAGGUGUAACAAUCUUUAAAAACAUAAACCCGUUUUGUAAAUAUAUAAUGAGCUAUAAGUAAAACUGUAUACAGUUAUACCACGAACGUCCCGGUUAUACAAAGUAUACUGAUCGAAACCUUCAGGUGCAGCUCUGUUUUUUGGAAGUGUUUUUAGUGUCGGAAUUUUUUUAACAAACCUCCAGAUUAGGAAAAAUUAGAGCAAGAAACUUAAUUUUUAACUUGUCAAAAUGCUCUGCAGUUUACUUUUUAUUGAGUCACAGGCACAUAUCUGUGUUGUGUAGAUGUAACCAUGCAACUCGUCAGUCUCUGAUGGCUACGUAUUGACCCUACCCUCUACAACCAAAGACAUAACUUAUAGUACUCAAGAGACGUUAAGUCCUUGGAGCUGUUCGACCCUACCCUCUACAACCAAGGACAUAAUUAACUCAGUACUCUACUAUAUGGAGUGCUACAUAGAAUCUCACAGAGUAAAACUUUGCUGUUUCCUAUAAUUUCUAGGACUCUAAUUUUUGAAGUUUUUCUUGUUCGCAAGUUUUAAGUGUCUGCACUGAAUUGUUGUUUGUACAUAUAUAUGUUUUCAUAAAAAUGACCACAUUUGUCAGCAGUGAGCUUGGACAGAGUUAGGGUUACAUAGUUGUGAUGUCAUAUACCCUCUAUAUUAUUGAUAUUAAUCUUAGCAUUUUCAAGGAAACCAACAGAAAUUUCUGUUAUCAAAUGCUUGACCAUGCUGAUUAAAAAAUAUUUGUUUUCGCUUUCGUUACAAUUGGGAAUAACUGUAUAUGGAAUGAUGUCUAGAACUGUAGAAACUUUAAUUGGAAGAUGCCAAUUUUAUAUCAGGAAAAUAAUUGUAAAAUAAUAAAAGAGACAUAUAUUUAAA